AUGAACGAGUUCAGGCAAUUCGAUGUGGUUUCCGACCACUCAGAUCACCACUUUCGCGAUCUUAGCACCGCAAGCAACAUCACAGGCCACACGAAGAAGAGUAUAUUGAAAGAGUGGAAAAUCUUGGAGCAAAAUCUAUCCGAAUCUAUCUACGUUCGAGUCUACGAGCAAUGCAUUGAUCUUAUGAGAGCGGCAAUUAUUGGCCCGGCUGACACGCCAUACCAAGACAACAUCUUCUUCUUUGACAUCGCGUUCCCCUCCGAUUAUCCUCAUAGCCCACCAAUGGUCCACUUCAUCUCGAAAGUGCUCCCACUCAACCAGUACCUAAACAAGGACGGCACAGUGCAUCUGACCCUCCUCAACACCUACCCGAUACCCUUAUGCUUUACCUUUUUCAAUACGAAUAGCGAGAAGUGGAACCCAUCCGCGUCCACGUGUUUUCAGCUCCUGAUCUCCAUCCAAACACUCGUUUUCACUAAGUUGCCCGCGGGCGGGCAUGGCUACGGUGAGAGUGUAUUCAUUCGCAUAUGUGAGCUCACCUUGUCCCACCUUCAGAGACCCCCAAAGAACUUUGAAGCCUUGGUCAAGGGCCACUUCCGCGAUCGUGCGAAAGUGAUUCUCAGUGCGUUCAUAGAGUACGCGACCGGGCGCAUGAUCGUCGGGUCCUAUGGCUAUGUUCCUCUUCUUCCUAUGGUCCAUUGGAUUUUUGUUUCGGACUCGUAUAGGAAGUGGGCAGAGAAGUUCUACCCUUUAAUGCUCAAUGAGUUUGAACUGUGUGGUGCUUCUUUGGAUACUUUCGAUCGCAGCUUGGUCUUGUCCAAAAGGACUACAAUCUUGAUGGGGUUGAUAAAAAAAGCUUUCACAUGGAAGAAGAAGAGGAAUAAUGAUAAAGAAGAUUAG